AUGCACAUUGAUUAAUAGUCCCUGCGAUAUGAUUGGAAGAACAAAAAUGCUAUUAAAAUUAGAUUCGAAAAAAUUAAAAGAAGGUAUCCUUUGAAUAAGAAAUAUACACUGGGAGAUCUCAGUGAUUGUCUAGAAGAAUGCAAGUAAAGUAUCAAAGAUCUUGAGAAGAUCUCAGGUGCAGCUCAUCAACUCAGAGAGUCGCUGCUCUAGUAAUAUGAAAAACUAGAAUACAUGAAGCAGCCAUUUAAGUUCUACAAGCAGAUAUUCUGGAUGCUCAAUAAAGAAAAAGACUUUAGAAAGAGAUAGGUAGAUGUGAGGCAGAUGCCCAGAAAUUAUAGUUAUAGAAAGAUAACCUAAGGUUUAAAAGCAGCUUAGGGAGAAAGAAUGAUUGAUGAAGAUUUAGAUUAAGUAAUGUUUAUUCAUAAGAUGCUUAAUGAUAAAUACGAAUAUGCAUUUUUCACAAAUGAUUCAACUGAAUGUGAGAUAGGAUGCAUUUUAAAAUUUGAUCUUAUGACUAUUUUCUUGCUAGAUCUAUCAAGGAAAUAAAUAAAUGCUAUUGGUUCAAUCCCUGAAUGCACGAAUCUUUUAAUGCUUGAUCUUUCAAAUAAUAACCUCUCUGUUUUAUCUGGAAUUGAGACUCUAAUUAAUCUGAAACAUUUGAAUCUUGCCUUCAAUAAAAUAACAUAAGUUGAUCCUUUAAAGGGUUGUGUCGCAUUAGAGAGAUUAGAUCUUUAAGCAAACUAAGUCAAAGACACUAGGACUUUUGAGAGUAUAGGUCCAGUCCUGCUUAACCUCAGAAUACUUUAUUUGCAAGAAUUCAACCAAGCUAGUCCUAAUCCAGUAUGUUCAAUCAAGAACUAUCGCAAAAAGAUCUUUGAAGUGAUCCCAAAACUAAAAGCUCUUGAUGGUCAUAGAGAUGGAAUCCCAGUGAUAGAAACCGGAAAUAUAGAUAUUGGUGGAGAUGAAAACAUUGAGUACAGAGUAAAUGAAGAAUGGUACACCCCUGAGAUCUAUCAAGGAAACCCAGGCAAGAACAUGUUCCCUACUACCGUCUAAACUACUAAGGAUGAGUAGGGCUUGAAAGAUGUUUUCAAAGACUGUGAAAAUCUUUUAAAUAGAAAGACCAAUGUCCUAACACUAUGA